AUGGCUGUUAUGUCUUCAACAACAGCAUGUGCAGCAAUAACAUCUCAUACAACAUCAAGCACCAAUGUCAAUAGCACUGGACUCCCUGGGGCUUCCACUGAAAGCCAUGGAAGUUCAUCACUCGCUGACAAAAUUCAUGGACUUACGGAAAAAAUUCAAGCUUUAGGUCAUCAUAGAACUGAUAGUGAGGCUUCUGCUCGUAAUAGAACAGGCAGUGUUCAUCCCAUGCUGACUGUCGCCCAUACGUCAUACAGCUGCCAUGAUGUCUUGGAAAAAAAGAGCACUGAUAGCAGCCCCAGUCAUAGUCAGAUGUCACGAAAUUCAUCGAGGAAGUCUAACAAUUCACUGCUGGUUAAUAACGGAAGACUAGAAGAAAUGAGACAUCUUGGACGAAAACAAAGUACCAUUGACGUGCAUUCGGUGAAAGUUAGUUUGAAAGACAUCGUGUGUUAUCUUUCAUUACUUGAAGCUGGAAGACCAGAAGAUAAAUUAGAGUUUAUGUUCAGACUUUAUGACACUGAUGGAAAUGGAGUCCUUGACACCAACGAAAUGGAUUGUAUUGUAAAUCAGAUGAUGAAUGUCGCAGAGUAUCUUGGAUGGGAUGUUUCAGAACUAAAGCCAAUACUUCAAGACAUGAUGAUUGAAAUCGACUAUGAUGCAGAUGGAACAGUUUCUUUAGAAGAAUGGAAAAGAGGAGGGCUUACAACUAUUCCACUUUUAGUUCUUUUAGGUCUUGAUUCCAAUGUCAAAGAAGACGGAAAUCAUCUGUGGAGGUUGAAGCAUUUUAGCAAACCAGCUUACUGUAAUCUGUGUCUCAAUAUGCUGGUUGGUCUUGGGAAAAAGGGACUUUGUUGUGUUUUUUGUAAGUAUACUGUACAUGAAAGGUGUGUUCAAAGAGCACCAGCUUCAUGCAUUGCUACUUAUGUGAAGAGUAAAAAGACUUCACAGACGAUGGUGCAUCAUUGGGUUGAAGGAAAUUGCCAUGGGAAAUGUUCUAAGUGUAGAAAGACAAUUAAAUGUUAUAAUGGAAUCACUGGACUCCAUUGUCGAUGGUGUCAAAUCACGGUACACAACAAAUGUGUGUCUCAAAUAAAAACGGAAUGUAAUCUUGGAGAUUACGCAAUCCACAUUCUUCCACCAACGGCAAUUUGUCCAAUAGUGCUUGAUAGACAGAGGUCAUUAUCCCGAGAUAGUAAACGUGGUAGUAAAUAUGGCCAGGAUACAUCUUCUAUCGGUUCCGGUGCCUUCCUACACUCUAGUAACAUCGUGAGCCACCAGCCAGCAAUGUCUUUCCAAAUUACACCAGUUCCGGGUUCCAUACCACUCUUAGUCUUCAUAAAUCCCAAAUCCGGUGGUAGACAAGGCGAGAGAAUGUUGAGGAAAUUUCAAUAUAUUUUGAAUCCACGUCAAGUACACAAUCUAGCUACUGGUGGACCAAUGCAGGGUCUACAAAUGUUUAAGGACGUGGAAAAUUUUCGGGUAAUUUGUUGUGGGGGUGAUGGUACAGUAGGAUGGGUUUUAGAAACAAUGGAUCGUGUUCAGUUUGAAAAGCAACCGGCUGUUGGAGUGAUCCCUUUAGGAACUGGUAACGAUUUAGCUCGUUGUUUACGUUGGGGUGGUGGAUAUGAAGGUGAAGCCAUCCAUAAAAUACUUAAGAAAAUCGAGAAAUCAACUCCAGUAAUGAUGGAUCGGUGGCAAAUUGAAGUAAUUGACCAGAAGGAAGAAAAAAAACCCAAUCAAGAUAGCAUUCCUUAUAACAUCAUUAAUAAUUAUUUUUCUGUUGGUGUUGAUGCAGCUAUUUGUGUCAAAUUUCAUCUGGAAAGAGAAAAGAAUCCAGAAAAAUUUAAUAGUAGAAUGAAAAAUAAACUUUGGUACUUUGAAUAUGCAACAACAGAACAAUUUGCAGCAAGUUGUAAAAAUUUACAUGAAGAUUUAGAAAUAAUUUGUGAUGGUACACCGUUAGAUUUAGCACAUGGACCAUCACUUCAAGGUGUUGCAUUACUCAACAUUCCUUUUACUCAUGGAGGAUCUAAUCUCUGGGGUGAACAUGCAAGACAUCGAUUAAGAAAACGAAAGAAACGUCCAGAUAAAGAAUUAAGCACAAGCAGUUUCAAUUCAGUGGAUCUUACUGUUGCUAUUCAAGAUAUUGGAGAUAAUCUUAUCGAAGUGAUUGGCUUAGAAAAUUGUUUACAUAUGGGUCAAGUCAAGACUGGACUUAGGGCGAGUGGUAGAAGAUUAGCGCAAUGUAGUAGUGUUACAAUUACCACUAAAAAACGAUUUCCAAUGCAAAUUGAUGGUGAACCAUGGAUGCAAGGACCAUGUACGAUCCACAUCACUCACAAAAAUCAAGUACCAAUGCUGAUGGCACCACCGUCAGAUAAACGUCGAGGAUUCUUCCGAUUUCUUCGAAGAUGAACAACUUCCACAAUUAUUUUAUUAAUUUACUUUGUAUAUAAUUUAUUAUUUAUUACAAAAAAACAAAAAAAAAAAUCUCUCUCUCAUUUAAACUUGUUGAUAUGACUGAUACUCAGACUUUCUAUAGAUUGAAUGAUCAUUCAUAACAAAUUAUGUCAUAAAAAAAAUUUUUAUAUUAUCAUCUUACAAUUAAUUAUAAUAUAUUAAAGUGAACAAAUAGUAUGUACAUAACAGUCAAUUGAAAGA